UUGUAACGGGUCAUCUACCUGUGAAGUCAAACUGUUGCUAGUGAAUUGAAGAAGACUACAUUGUACAUGCUUUACCAGUCUUGGCAAAAACACUUCUAAAGAGAUCAUCAUACUACCAACUUUAUCUUUGUCAAGCAUGGUCACACAGCAAAACAGAACAAAAUACAUCUCCAAAACACUUACACACAGCUGGAGGUAUUAGCCAGGUGGCAUAGGGCUAGUUGUUAGCACCUGAUACAACAGCUCCUGGGAAUUCCUCUAAACAUAUUCUAGCUAGAUAGGGUGCUUUAUCAAUGGUUAUAUACAAUAUAUUUGAUUGAUUUACCUGUUGUCACCUAAUUAACAACUAUUUACCUGUAUUUUUGUUUUGAACAGGUGGACCGGAUCAUCUUCUGUUUGUUUAUGCCCCAAGAUGUUGCUCUUUAUGAAGAACUCAUGCAGUUAUAUUUCCCAGUUUCUUCCAGCCUGGAGCAGAAAGGCAAUGAUGAUGAGGAGUUAUCAGCUACAGAGGAAAAAGUGAAAAAUUUGAAGAAAUCACCAGGAAAGACAGAGAAAUCCACCACACCUAGUCAUGUGACUAGGAAUGUAUUAAAAGAUGCUGAGCGAAAUUUCACAAAAUCUGCAAAAGAAAAUGAUGAGAAAAGUUUGGAUGGAGAUGCUGCUGAAGCUGAUACUGAACAUCCUUCAGCUGCAGCCAUGACAGAUACAGAGCCAGCAGCGAAGAGGAAGCCUCCGAUUAGUUCUGAUGAAAUAUCUAAAGACACAAAGUCGAAAAAGACAGAUGAAAAUAAUGCUGAAAAUGAUUCCCCACUGGACAAAAACAAUUCUGAUGCUAAAGAGAGCCAACAAUCCCCAAUGGAAUAUACAAAUGACUCUCGGAUCAAAACUAAAUUAUAGGCAGUCUCAAUGACUUCAUUUCCUCGCUUUCUAACAUUUUACGUUUCUAUGGAAUGUAAGUAGAAAUGACUGUUAUGAGUUAUGAAGGGUUUUAUAUACACAAAUGUUAUGUAAGUAGAAAUGACUGUUAUGAGUUAUGAAGGGUAUUAUAUACACAAAUGUUAUGAUACUACUACAUUAUGAGUUUUAUAAAGCUCACAAUAUAAUGUGUGCUAUAAGGGCUAUAAAACUCCUUGUAUUUAAGUUUGAAAGGGCUUUAAAACUCAUAAAUUGUAUAGUUGUAUAUUUUUAGCUUGAGUCAAUAAACUGUUUGUAAAAAUCUU